UCUGAUAUAAUGUAGAACUAAGCCUCAACUCCUUCCUAUCCUUCAUUUUAAAGUAACCAACCAUGCUUCUCAAUGCCUUAGUCUUUCUUUCGCACCUUCAAGUGCUAUUGAUUCUUCAGUCAUUCUCAGCUUCUUCUUCUUCUUUUGCUGUACCCUUCUCAAAUGUGACUGAUGAAGAAGCUCUUGUCGCUUUCAAUUCUUCAAUAACAUAUAACCCCACCAGCACAAUCAUGGGUAGUAAUUGGAGUAGAGGAACCAACUUCUGUGACUGGGUUGGGGUCACUUGUAGCAAACGCAGGCAAAGAAUCACGGCUCUGGAUUUUUCCAAUAUGGGACUUGAAGGUACAAUAUCCCCUUAUGUUGGAAACCUAUCCUUCCUUGUUUCACUUAUUCUUUCUAACAAUAGUUUUCAUGGUCACAUACCAUCCGAGCUCGGCCGUUUGCGUAGGCUGAAAACACUUAGAUUACCAUUGAACCGAUUGGAAGGAUCAAUACCUUCAAGUUUACACAGCUGCAUUAAGCUUGAAGUUGUUUCCCUAGCAAAAAACAUGUUAAGUGGUGGCAUACCAGAGGAGUUGGGCACUUUAAAAAAGCUUUAUGGCAUCCAUCUAGCUCGAAACAAUCUUACUGGCAUCAUCCCAGUUUCCAUUGGAAAUAUGUCGGCGCUAGAGAUGUUUGUGCUGUCGAAUAACAGAUUUACAGGCCAGAUUCCAUCUACUUUAAGUUAUUGCACGGGAUUAAGAAUGUUGUAUCUCUCCAGCAACGAAUUGAAUGGAAGUGUGCCAACAGAACUCGGGACUCUGCAGAAGCUCGAGAUCCUUUCUCUAGGAGGAAAUGACUUGACUGGAACAAUUCCAACUUCUUUGGGAAACAUUUCGAGCUUGGAACAGCUGUUAUUGGAUCAAAACAACAUUCAUGGAGGUAUUCCCGACACGAUUGGAAAAUUGAGAAGUUUGGCUUGGCUGGAUUUGGAGUACAAUCACCUCAGUGGGCCUAUACCUCACUCAAUCUUCAACAUUUCCUCUCUCAUAAUAAUUUCGAUUGUGAACAACAACAUCUCGGGAGAUCUUCCGCCUGAUACAGGGCUUUGGCUUCCGAAUCUUGAACAGAUAUAUUUUGGGAUGAAUCAAAUUGGUGGAAGCAUCCCUGCUUAUUUAUCAAACUCAUCGAGAUUGUUUUAUUUGGACUUAGGCGACAACUUGUUCACUGGAUCAAUACCGUCAAGUCUCGGACAUUUACCUCGUCUUCAAUUCCUUGGUCUGGAUAUAAAUAGACUGACAGGAGACCCUGGAUUUGGGGAGCUCCGGUUUCUUACUGCACUAACAAAUUGUCGGUUCCUUAAAAUAUUGGGCAUUGAUCAUAAUCGUAUUGUUGGUGUCCUACCAUAUUCCAUAAGCAAUUUUUCAGAUUCUCUCCAAAUGAUUAGUGCCUUCGAAAACCAGAUAUAUGGUCCAAUUCCAGAAUCAAUCGGUGCAUUAAGAAACUUGAAUUUACUGGAUUUAGGAGAUAAUAACCUCAGCGGAACUAUUCCAUCAACUAUUGGCGAUUUGCGAAACUUACAAAGGUUCUUUCUUCUUAACAAUCAGAUUGGAGGUUCUAUUCCUAAAGUUAUUUGUAAUCUAGGAAAUCUGGGAGAAUUGGGACUCCAACAGAACAGGCUCACUGGGCCUAUUCCGCAUUGCAUUGGAUCUCUUAAUCAUCUUCAAGAUCUGAAUCUCAGCAAUAACUCAUUGACCUCAUCAAUUCCUUCAAGUUUGUGGAGCCUUGAAAAUCUCAUUUUCAUGGAUUUAUCAAACAACUCCUUAGGUGGGAAUCUAUCUUCGGAAAUGAAAAUGUUGAGAGUCAUGGAAACAAUGGAUAUUUCUAGGAACCAAAUCACAGGUAAAAUCCCAACUAUUCUCGGUGCCUUCGAAAGCUUAAGUUUGCUUGAUCUGUCAAAGAACUCAUUGCAUGAGACUAUUCCUCAGUCAUUUGGUGACUUGAAAUCACUGGAAUUCUUGGAUCUCUCCUAUAAUAAUCUAUCUGGUCUUAUUCCCAAGUCGCUCGAGUCACUCAAUCAUCUCAAACGUUUGAAUCUUUCUUACAAUGACUUAUCAGGAGAGAUACCAAAUGGAGAAACUUUUGCUAACUUUACGAUAGGAUCUUUUCUAGCGAAUAAGGAGCUUUGUGGGAAAUUAUUACAGAAACCUUGCUCUCAUCAAAAUUCCAACACCACCAAUAUUCUGCUUAAGUACAUUCUUCCUAUUGUUGUAGCCGUGCUGAUCUUUGUUUGUCUUCUCUGCAUACUAAGAGCAUACAAACACAAGACCAAAAAGAGUACUUCAAGUUCUCCAGAUGCGAUACAAAUACCUGAGCUCAAAAUGAUUACAUAUCAUGAACUUCGUCGUGCUACGAAUGACUUCUCUGAAGCCAAUAUGCUCGGAAUUGGGAGUUACGGUUCGGUCUAUAUGGGAACGAUUUCUGAUGGUACAAUUGUUGCUGUAAAGGUUCUGAAUCCAAAUGCACAGGGUGCAUUCACAAGUUUUGACGCAGAGUGCAAAGUGUUGCGAACAACUCGACAUAGGAAUCUUGUUAAGAUCAUCACUUCUUGCUCGAAUCUUGAGUUUAGAGCUUUGAUUAUGGAGUAUAUGUCAAAUGGAAGCCUUGAGAAGUGGUUGUACUCCGAAAACCACAACUUGAAUCUCUUUCAGCGGAUCAACAUCAUGAUUGAUGUGGCAAUAGCAUUAGAUUAUCUCCAUUAUGGUCAGUCAGAGCCCGUCGUACACUGUGAUAUAAAGCCUAGCAAUAUCUUGCUAGAUGAAGACAUGGUUGCACAUGUUGGUGACUUUGGCAUUGCGAAAAUCCUACCAAAAGCUGAAGAUGCAAUGCAUACCAGGACUUUAGGCACCAUUGGCUAUGUUGCACCUGAGUAUGGCUCCGAGGGACGGGUUUCUGUAAAGGGCGACAUGUACAGCUAUGGGAUAAUGAUGCUGGAAAUAGUUACUGGGAAGAGACCCACAGAUGAAAUGUUUGAAGGAGAAGUGAGUUUGAGACAAUGGAUUAGCGCAUCAUUUCCUAAUGCAUUACUGGAUGUUGUUGAUCAUGUUUUAAAGCCAAAUGCAAACAACACCAGAGAUUUUGACAUGGUACAAGGUCUUCUUUUUUCCUUCUUGGAAAUGGGUCUCGAGUGUUCAAGAGAAAUACCAGAGGAAAGGAUGGAUGUGAAAGACGUAGUUGCCAAGCUAACCCAGAUGAAGUUGAAGAUUGUACGCAGCCGAAGAUAUCGUUCUGUGUAAUUAGUUUAAAUGGUUUUUGUGUUUGACUAGUUGUGCUUCCAAGUAUGUCUGUCCAGAAGGUUUUUUUUCUUGGCCGUCUAUUACUAGUAUACCUUGUAUUUAUGGUCCGUAGAGUGUUGUAGUUUAAUUUGUUUUACGUUAACUUCUAUUGUCGUGGUUGUGAGCUUCUACUGGGUGAGUUGGCUGUACAAGUUGAUCCAGCAUCCUACAAAAUCUAUUUAUAUGAGUUGUCUUGAGAA